AGGCCCGCGAGGGGAUCCGCGCCAUGGACUAUGCAGGAGCCCUCCUCAGGCCCCUGACAUUUAUGGGAUCACAGACUAAGCGAGUCCUGCUCACCCCGCUCAUGCAUCCAGCUCGCCCUUUCCGGGUCUCCAACCAUGACAGGAGCAGCCGGCGUGGGGUGAUGGCAAGCAGCCUGCAGGAGCUCCUCAGCAAGACUCUGGAUGCCCUCGUCAUCACCACCGGACUGGUCACUCUGGUGCUGGAGGAAGAUGGCACCGUGGUGGACACAGAAGAGUUCUUUCAGACCUUGAGAGACAACACGCAUUUCAUGAUCUUGGAAAAAGGACAGAAGUGGACACCGGGCAGCCAGCACGUCCCCACUUGCUCGCCGCCAAAGAGGUCGGGAAUAGCAAGAGUCACCUUCGACUUGUACAGGCUGAACCCCAAGGACUUCAUCGGCUGCCUUAACGUGAAGGCCACCAUGUAUGAGAUGUACUCCGUGUCCUACGACAUCCGGUGCACGGGACUCAAGGGCCUGCUGAGGAGCCUGCUGCGGUUCCUGUCCUACUCCGCCCAGGUGACGGGACAGUUUCUCAUCUAUAUGGGCACGUACAUGCUCCGGGUGCUGGAUGACAAGGAAGAGCGGCCAUCCCUCCGGUCACAAGCCAAGGGCCGGUUCACGUGUGGAUAGGGAUGCAGGCUGUGGCCGGCUCUUGAGCCAAACACUGUGUUUUGUUUGGCUCAAUGAUGAACGUUGAAGAUGCUUUUAUGUUCUGAGCCACACGCACUUGUAGGCCGCUGGUCACGCUGCUCAGGAGCGGUGCCCAGAAAAGGAAAGGGCUUGGUGGUACAUGAAGUGGGGGCAGUGGGCAGGGUGCCCUGGGGGGAGGCAUAGAGGGCCCCGAGGGUCAUGGGAAGCGACCACGCAGCAGGCGUGCCCAGGAGCGUGUGCAUGUGUCAGAGCCAUUUGGUCCAUCAUCUCCUGCAAUAAACCCAUCGCAAGAAUGACCUUCAA